GAGAAGAUCCUCUUCAUGGCCAGCAAGAAGAAGGUGGAGUUCCUCAAGCAGGUGGCCCACGGCAAGGCGGGGGAGGGGGCCAACGGCGUCCCCGCCAUCACCCUCCUCGUCCGGGAGAAGAACGAGAGCAACAAAGCCAACUUUGAGAAGAUGAUCGAGGCCCUGAAGGCCAGCAAGGGCGGGCGCCGCCUCGGCGUCUUCCCCAAGGACAAGUUCCCCGGCGACUUCAUGAAGAGCUGGAACGACUCCCUCAGCAAGGAGGGCUGGGAGAAGGUGGACAUCAGCGCGGCGGUGGGCUACGCCAUGGCGGGGAAAAAUUUCUCCUCAGAAACCCCUCCGGAAGGCGACAAGAACCACAUGCACUUCGGCGCCAUCACCUGCGCCAUGGGCAUCCGCUACAAGUCCUACUGCUCCAACCUGGUGAGGACGCUGAUGGUGGACCCACCUCAGGAGAUGCAGGACCACUACGCCUUCCUCCUCCAGCUCCAGGAGCAGCUCCUGAAGGAGAUGCGGCACGGGGCGAAGCUGUGCGAUGUCUACGGCGCCGUGAUGGACGUGGUGAAGAAGCAGAGGCCGGAGUUGCUGGGGAAGAUCACCAAGAACUUGGGCUUCGCCAUGGGCAUCGAGUUCCGCGAGGGCUCCUUGGUCAUCAACAGCAAGAACCAGCACCGGCUGAAGAAGGGUGAGCGCUGCCCCAAGAUGGAGGGCCCGGCCACCGUCCUGACCGCGGUCAAGAAGAAGGUGAAGAACGUGGGCAUCUUCCUCAAGGUGAGGGGCCCCGUUUGGGGCAAAAACCGCCGGUUUGGGGCAAAAAUAUGUGAUUUGCUGGGCCGCAGCUCCCGGGCGGCCCUGCUGACCGAGCGGACGCGGAACGAGCUGACGGCGGAGGAGAAGCGCCGCGCCCACCAGAAGGAGUUGGCCACCCAACUCAACGAAGAGGCCCGCCGGCGGCUGACGGAGCAGAAGGGCGAGCAGCAGAUCCAAAAGGCGCGGAAGUCCAACAUCUCCUACAAGAACCCGGCCUUGAUGCCCAAGGAGCCCCACAUCCGGGAGAUGAAGAUCUACAUCGACAAGAAGUACGAGACGGUCAUCAUGCCCGUCUUCGGCAUCGCCACCCCCUUCCACAUCGCCACCAUCAAG